GCCACCUCAGUGUGCCACGACAGCCGAGUGCCACUCAGCAGCGGCCACCUCAGCAGUGCCACAUCAGCAGGUGCCACCUCAGCGGUGACACAUCAGCAGCAGAUGAAGGCCAGAGUACUUGAUGCGCCGCAGCCAACAACUGGCCGAGCGCGGAUCCGCAGGAGCCAAGCCUCAACAGGGACAUAGGACCCCUCAGAUUCCGCGCAGGCCACGCACGACCAUGGCUGCUACCGCUGCCGACAAUGCACCAGCCAGCCCCAAGAGGCCGGUUACCCCUCCUAUCCCAGUUCAGCAGGCCGAUGAACCACUUCUAGUGUUCCUCCAACGUCUCCAGCAGUAUUCAGAGACGACGGCAGCCGAACUGCGCAAGUGGGAAGCGGAGGAAGCCGCCCGCCAGCAGGAAAUUCAACGCCAGCCGGCAGAGGCAAAGGCAGAGGCAGCACGUCAGCAGGCCGCAGCAGAAGCAGCAGCAGCCGCACGGUUGCAACAGCAGCAGGUCGAGGCUAGUCAACACCAAGCUCGUUACCAAGCCACGAUGGACCUUGCACGCGACGAAGCCAUGUAUGGCAGGCUGCUUCGACGACAGCAUUUCCAAGAAACCGAAGAACGACAAGAGAUGACCGAGGAAGAAGGUGACAAAGAAGUGGUAGACUGCAGCCCAGCUUUGGCCGCGCAGCCCAAGCAACUCAAGGAGUGGAUCAACCACUUAGUCGCAUCCCUCGGCGACAUCAGCAAGUUCGCUGGAGCAUCGACAGUCAGCAAUCAGCUGCAAACGCUCAGCGACCGCGUUGACCAACGACCGGCCGCUGCCGCCAAGGAAUGGAAGAUGCCGAACUUCAAGAUCGAGAAGUUCCAUGACUAUCACAAGACUGAUCCGCUGCAAUGGUGGAUGGCUUUCAACGCGGAGGCGGACGUACAUCACACACCCGCACAUCGGCGGCUUGACGCACUCUACCUCCAACUCAUCGGAGGGGCGCAGGCUUUCAUGACACACAUGGCCGUCACGUUGGAAUGCACCAUCGCCAACCUCCACACUAAGAUUACGUGGGAGGAAUUCGAGAAGAAAUGGAAGACCCGGUUCAUGGUCAACAAUGACAAACGGCACGCCAUGAACAAGAUCUCCCGCAUCUACCAAGGCCAACAAACGUCACGGGAAUGGCUGACGGAGUGGCAACGACUCGUCGCCACCCCGGAGUUGAACUUACCGUUCGACACAAUCCGCGCCGAAUUUUUUGCUCAGUCGUGCGACGCCUUGACAGCAGCGCUGGGUACUGAAUUCCAGUACGAGACCUUUGAUGAUCUGAUCUCAAAGGCAAGAGAGCUCAUACAAGCAUGCGAGGCCGUGUCUUUCGACAUAUUAGACACCAAGUUCGAUAUGAUCCUAGGCAUGUCGUGGCUGCAAAGCGAAGACCCGGUGAACUUCCAUCGACGCACCGUUCACAUUCGUGAUCGGCGUGGCGAACUAGUCCCGUGUACGGUGCCGCUUCCUCAUCCUUCGAUAGGUUGUCACGUGGUAUCCGCGGCGAGCAUUCGCCAAUCCAUCUGGUUGAACGACAUCGAGGAGAUAGGCGUAUGUUUUCUUCACGCCCUCCCACCCGGUGAUCAGCCCAAGACGGAUACGUCGGACCCACGCAUCAUUGAGUUGUUGGACAGCUAUGAGGAUGUCUUCCAAGCUCCCACCGGAGUCAUACCGGAUCCGCCCAUACGCCACGGGAUCACUCAAGUGCUUCGGGCACAACUAGACGACCUCUUGGCCAAGGGCUGGAUUCGCCCUAGCUGUUCGCCAUACGGUGCUCCCGUUCUCCUCGUCCGGAAGAAGAACAAGGACCUUCGUUUGUGCAUCGGCUAUCGAAAACUUAACGCGCAAACGAUCAAGAACGUCGGCCCUCUCCCUCGGAUCGAUGAUCUUCUCGAGCGACUAGGCGGCGCAAAGUACUUCUUGAAGCUUGACCUCAAGUCCGGAUACCACCAGAUCGAGAUCCAACCAAGAGAUCGGUACAAAACCGCAUUCAAGACGCGGUCUGGGCACUUUGAGCGGAUCGUCAUGCCUUUCGGUCUCACCAAUGCCCCGGCUGCUUUCCAAGCGGCUAUGACGCCAGAAUUCUGCGACUUGCUCGACCGCACCGUACUCAUUUACCUUGAUGAUACCUUGGUUUAUAGUCUGACGCUGGACGAGCACCUCGAGCACCUUAUUGGAGCGGCUCCGUAUCGCCAAGUACAAGGCAAACCGCGACAAGUGCGAGUUUGCCCAGCAAGAGCUGGAGUACUUAGGCCAUUACGUUACGCCGCAAGGCAUUCGUCCGCUCGCAGACAAGGAUUCCAACGCAUCGCUGCACCAUUGUCGCGACUUCAGUCCCCCUUGGUGCCCUUCGAGUUCAGCGACGAAGCCCGGCACGCGUUUCACACGCUGAAGACGGCUUUGCUUCAAGCUAUCGUCUUAAGCAUCUAUGACCCGACCUUGCCCACCAAAGUGACUACGGACGCUUCCGAUUAUGGCAUUGGCGCGGUUUUGGAACAGCAUGACGGCACAUAUUGGCAUCCGGUUGAGUACUUCAGCCAAAAGGUGUCGCCCAUCAACACUCUUGAUGAUGCGAGGAAGGAGGAGCUGCUAGCUUUUGUCACCGUACUUGAGCGUUGGCGUCACUUUCUCCUCGGGUGUCGGCGAUUCACAUGGGCAACGGACAACAAUCGGUUGACGUAUUACAAGACGCAAGACACGGUGAGCAGCACGAUCGGCCGAUGGAUGUACUUCAUUGACCAGUUCGACUUCACCUCCAAGCACAUUCCGGGCUCCUCGAACAAGGCAGCGGAUGCUCUCUCGCGAAGACCUGAUCUUUGCGCCUUGGUGCACUCGACAUUCGGCCUCGACGAGAACCGGCAACAACAUUUCAUAAACGGCUACAAGUCGGAUCCGGGAUUCUCCACACUCUAUGCGGACUUAUCAUCGGAUCACCCGCCGGCAAGCAACUAUCGCAUUGUCGACGGCUACUUGCUUCUUCAUACACGAGGCAAGGACUAAUUGUGUGUUCCCGAAGACCGCAUCUUGCGCACUCGCCUCCUUGGCGAAUACCACGAUUCGCGGCUGGCGAGACACCUUGGCGUCGCACGUACACUAGCUCGACUCCGCCAGCGAUUUCACUGGCCGGAUAUCAUCAGCAACGUCAACCGGUACACUCAGUCAUGUGCGUUUGCCACCGGAACAAAGGGCGCCAUCAGCU